AUGUUUUGGAUAUCGCUCUUCGUUCUAGCGGGUCAGGUUGCCCCCGCUACCGCCUCACAGCUACCCGUCAAACUAGAGACUCGCUCGGAGCUCGACUCGCGCCUCGCAAACGUCCAUGUGUCCUUUGAGGCGCCGCUUGGCGGCGUUGUAACAUAUACCUAUGGCCGGUGCGAUAGCACGCAGCUUCAUGAGGCUCACCAUACCAUUUUCCGAGGCGCCGGUGGGAACGACUCGAGGCUGGUAUGGAUCUUGCCGGAUGAUGCGGGAUCCGAUGGAUGCAUUUCAGCAUGGGAUGAGAGAGGAAGCCUCGUCGGCCGCAGCGAGCCUCAACGGCUAAGUAAAAGGACUCUUAAGAGACACGACCCCCACCGCAUCGAGAUGACGAGUGCUAAUGGUAUCGAUGCUUGGGGCCCGUGGUUCGACGGAGUCGAGCUGCUCAAGAACAAAAACCACGGCGGCGUUGACGUCGCGAAGGCCAAGUCAAAAGACGUCGUGAUCGUGGGCGCUGGAAUGUCUGGACUGAUGACAUACUUGGUCCUUCAUCAAGCCGGUCUAACGAACAUCAGCAUCGUCGAGGCUACUCAGCGUUUGGGCGGUAGAGUUCAUACCGAGUAUCUAUCAGGGGGCCCAUUCGACUAUUCGUAUCAGGAAAUGGGCCCCAUGAGGUUCCCUGAGACGGCAAUAUACUCGAACCAGACAUACAAUAUUACGGAUCACCAGAUGGUGUUCCAACUGGCCAGAGAGAUGAAUAGAAUUAACAAUUACGAUCGGAACCUCAGCGUCGAUUUCAUCCCCUGGAUCCAGUCGAACCCCAACGGGCUGUACUAUUACGAUGGCAUCAAACUCGACACAGGACUACCCCCGACUCGCGCUCAGAUCGCUGCAGACCCCUCUCUCCAAAUCAUACGUCCUCUGGACCCGUCAACGCAGGCAUUAUCGGACAAGAUCAGCACCAUCACUUCUAACGAGACGUUCAUGAUCGAAGUGGCAACCAACAUGUUCAGGGCUCACAGAGACUUUUUAGUCAAUGGCCUUGGUGGUCUCGGCGGCGACACUUGGUCCGAGUUUGCUUACAUGGUUAACUACCUGAAGGCGACUCUCAACGACACCGAUGUCCUCGGUGGCGGUGCCGCUACCUUCUGGGACGCCAUUUACGAGGGCGUGUACUUUGGUGCGACGACAUGGAAGACCAUAGACGGAGGCUUAAACCGACUACCACUAUCAUUCCACCCGCUAGUGGACAAUGUGACAGCCCUGAACCGCAAGAUCGAGCGGGUCCAAUGGUUUGACGACGCUCGGCGCGUCAACCUACAGUGGAGGAACAACUAUACCGACACCGUCUUCCAGAACGCCUCGUACGACUAUGCCGUAUUUGCGCUACCGUUCUCCAUCGUUAAGAAGUUUAGACUCCCGUACCUACCCCGGACUAUCACCAACGCGAUCAAUAACCUGCCCUUUGCGUCUGCGUGCAAGGUGGCGCUCGAGUACUCGUCGCGCUUCUGGGAGCACUACGAGAACCCGAUCGUGGGCGGUUGCUCGACAGCAACCGACAUCCCAGGAAUCGGGUCGAUCUGCUACCCAUCGUAUGGCCUCUCGGGGAACCGCAGCCGCGAUGGGCCCGCGAGCCUGCUCGCCUCGUACGCGACGGGCGACUGGGCCACGCGCUGGGCGUCGGUGCCCGAGGACGAGCACGUCCGCUACGUGCUCGACGCGAUGGCCGAGAUCCACGGCCCGGACGCCUAUAAACUGUACACGGGUAACUACCGCCGCCGCUGUUGGGUGCUCGACCCAUAUGAGGGCGGCGGCUGGGCUAGCCCCACAGUCGGGCAGCACCAGCUCUACCUACCCGAGUACUUCAGGACGUACAACAAUAUGAUCUUCGUUGGCGAGCAGACGUCCUACACCCACGCGUGGAUCUCCUCGGCGCUCGAGUCGGGCAUCCGGGGUGGUGUUCAGCUGCUUCUCGAACUCGGCCUCGUCGACGAAGCGAAGGACACGGUCCGUAAGUGGAUGGCCAGGUGGAUCUCUGUCGUAAGUCCUACUCCUCAUCUCACUGGAGGCAUGUGA